UCGGCGGAGCGGAGCGAGGAGGGGGCGGCCCGGGACCCCCGCCAUGGCCGCCACCGCCGCCAGCGCGGAUGUAUUUUGGAAUUGCAGAGGAUCCUGGUGUUUUGUUGCUGGUGUUGGAUGGGCUGUGCUCACUCCUGCUGUUGGUUGAGAUUGUUGUUUUUGGCUCCUUCGGCUGCCGAGCCUCCAGCUGGAUGCUUAUUCCAUACUGUAGUCACCCCUGGGAAAUUCUAUGGAUCAGCAAGGAAAAAAGCUUCCUCAGCAACGCCAGCAGCUUGGAGGAAAACAAACCAGAGAUGGCAUCCGACGUUUCCUCGCUGGGCGCAGCCGUCGGCUCCGGGAACGCCGGGUCGGGAGCUCAGGCUGGAGCAGCUCAGAGGCCCAGCAAGAGACGGCCUGGGCUCGAUUUUGAUGAUGAUGGAGAGGGGAACAGUAAAUUCCUCAGAUGUGAUGAUGACCCGAUGCCAAACGAUAAAGAGAGAUUUGCCAGGUCUGAUGAUGAGCAGAGUUCAGCGGAUAAGGAGAGACUUGCCAGGGAGAACCACAGCGAGAUCGAGCGCAGGAGGAGGAACAAGAUGACCGCCUACAUCACGGAGCUGUCGGACAUGGUGCCCACGUGCAGCGCCCUGGCCCGCAAGCCGGACAAGCUGACCAUCCUGCGCAUGGCCGUGUCCCACAUGAAGUCCCUGCGUGGGACCGGCAACACCUCCACGGAUGGCACCUACAAACCCUCCUUUCUCACCGACCAGGAACUCAAACACCUGAUCCUGGAGGCAGCUGACGGCUUCCUGUUCAUCGUGUCCUGCGAGACGGGGCGCGUGGUCUACGUGUCGGACUCGGUGACGCCGGUGCUGAACCAGCCGCAGUCCGAGUGGUUCGGCAGCACCUUGUACGAGCAGGUGCACCCCGACGACGUGGGCAAGCUGCGGGAGCAGCUCUCCACCUCCGAGAACGCCCUCACAGAGGGAACCAAGCCCUGGUGCCUUUCUACCAAGGAUGCUGCAGCCCCCCCCGAGAAUGCAUCUAAAGGUCGUAUCCUCGAUUUGAAGACGGGGACUGUGAAGAAGGAAGGGCAGCAGUCCAUGAGGAUGUGCAUGGGCUCCCGGAGAUCUUUCAUCUGCCGAAUGAGGUGUGGCAACAGCUCCGUGGAUCCAGUCGCUGUCAAUCGUCUCAGCUUCAUGAGGAAUCGCUGCAGCACAGCCUCUUUCUCUCUCCCAAGGAAUGGGUUAGGUGCAGCCAAGGAUGGAGAACCUCACUACGUCGUCGUGCACUGCACGGGCUACAUCAAAGCCUGGCCCCCAGCAGGUGUUUCUCUGCCUGACGAUGACCCCGACGCCGGCCAGGGCAGCAAGUUCUGCCUCGUGGCCAUUGGCAGGCUCCAGGUGACCAGCUCCCCCAACUGCACGGACAUGAACAAUGUCUGCCAGCCCACAGAAUUCAUCUCCCGACACAACACCGAAGGAAUUUUCACCUUCAUCGACCACCGGUGCGUGGCCACCGUGGGUUACCAGCCCCAGGAACUUCUGGGGAAAGACAUUGUGGAUUUCUGCCAUCCAGAAGACCAACAGCUUUUACGGGACAGUUUUCAACAGGUGGUGAAGUUAAAAGGCCAGGUCCUGUCAGUCAUGUUCCGCUUCCGAUCCAAAAACCGGGAAUGGCUGUGGAUGAGAACCAGCUCGUUCACCUUCCAGAACCCCUACUCGGAUGAGAUCGAGUACAUCAUCUGCACCAACACCAACGUCAAGAACUCGAGCCAGGAGUCCCGGCCUGCCCUGGCAAACUCCAUGCCAAGGCCUCAGCUGGGGCAGAGCCUUCCCCUGGACAUGGGCACGGCCCCACUGCCCUCAAGGCAGCAGCAGCCACCCCAGGCAGAGCUGGAAGUGGGCCCAGGAAGGGAGAGCUUGGCUGGCUAUGAGCACUCACAGGUGCCCGUCCAGGCCGUGAGCGCUGCCGGCCCCGAGCACAGCAAGCCCCUGGAGAAGGCUGAGAGCCUGUUCAGCCAGGAGCGGGACCCUCGCUUCGGGGAGAUCUUCCCUGGCAUCAGCACAGAUGAGAGCAAAGCCAUCCCUGCCAGCACCAUGCCAGCCAACCCGCCCCUCUUCGCCCAGGGAAACACCUUCACUGCUGCACGGCCCGCUGAGAACUUCAGGAGCAGCAGCAUGGUGCCUGCAGUGAACAUCAUCCAGCAGCAGCCCUCGCCCGCCGGCCGGAUCUUAUCCCAGAUUUCCCGGCACUCCACCCCAGCUCAGGUCAGCGGGACCACCUGGGCUCCAGGGACACGGCCGGUGUUCACACCCCAGCAAGUGGCAUCCCAGACAGUGAAGACUCGGCCACCUUCCUUCAGCAUGGGGACAUUCCAGGGCACGCCGUCCUCCUUCAGCUCCAUGACAGCGCCGGGCUCGACGGCUUCUCCCACCACGGCGCCGUACCCAGCCCUGGCCAGCCGCAGCACAGGCUUCACCGCAGAGGCAGCGCAGACCCCGGCCCCGUUCCAGCCCCGCGCCGCCGACGCCGUGGGAAUGUGGCCACAGUGGCAAGGACAGCACCACGGCCCAGGAUCUGGGGAGCAGCACGUGCAGCAGUCCCAGCCCAGCCAGCCUGAGGUCUUCCCAGACAUGCUGACCAUGUUGGGGGACCAAGGGCCCAACUACAACAACGAAGAAUUCCCAGAGUUGAAUAUAUUCCCUUCUUUUUCCGAAUAAAACGAGCCUUAGGGGAAACAACAUAAAGCCCUCUACAACAUCCACAUGGAAAGGAAAACAGCAGAGUCUUUUUCUCAAGGAACCAUCACUUCCCACCUUCUGGAAGCUGAGCUCCAAGGAGGGAUGGCCGUGGAGGAGGAGGUGGUUUGGACACCUCCUCCAUGUGGGAUUGUUCUGGAAGCUUCAGGACUUGAGUGCCACGAGGCCGAAGGCCCCGUGUUCCCCGAGCCGCUCCCAAGUGGAUUUUCUUUUUUUUUUUGGGGAGGGAUUCCUGUCUGCAUCACAGACAGCCCUUCCAAACUUUUUAAGGUGGCUUUGACUGUUUUUAUUUCAUUCUCUGCCGUGACUUUUUUUCUAUACAACACAAACUUUUGGAAUUUUUAAAUACUGGAAGGAACUCUUCCAAAGUGUUAUCCCUGUAAACACAAUCCUGGAGGAUGCUUGAGUAAGAAUCCGUGUCCUAAGCCAGCGUUUCCCUCCUUUUUGGAGGGAUUUUGGCUGUUUUUGGAGGGUUGUUACAGCGUCUCCAGUCCAGGGUGCUCCAUGUGGAGAUUCCUGUGUUUGUUUGGAAUCUUCUCUCUCCUGUGAACUGUGCAAUGAAAUCAGUGUGACCCAUGACCCCCCGUUAUCCCGGGAUAAUUAACAAGCCAUAAAAAUUUUACCCCAUGUAGCUUUCUUCUGGAUGAAUCCAUUUUCCAGCUGAUGGUUUCUGUGCUGCCACAAAUUGAUGUUUCAAGAGGGUUUUUUUUUGGGAUAAAACCUGCUCCACGCUGUCCAUGGAAUUUUAUCACGUGUAGAUGAGUUCCUUGUCCUGGUUUUGGAGCUGGAUGUAGGAGAAUCCCUGGAUUUGAUCAGAGAAUUGCUGAGGAACUGUGUAUUUUCACUACAUUUGUUCACUCACCAUCUCCUUAAAGAAGAAUUCCUGCCAUGGGAUGAUCCUGUUGCCAAAUGACAAAAGAGUAAGAGGAGAGCUGGAAAAGUAGGGAACAGAAUGAAAUUUUUUUUAUAUAUAUAUAUAUAUAUAUCUAUAUAUAUAAAUUUUUAAUUUUUAAACAUUGACUUGGAAUCUUCUGGCUUUUUCCAUGGAAAAAAAAAAAAAAAGCCAACUUGUGGCCAACCCUGCUCUCCUCAGGGGCUGGAAGAACCAUUUGAUUCCUUCUUGCUUCAAUUCCAACAGGAAAAUGAAUUGCAGAGUUGGACUUGGAAGGAAAUUUGGCACAACGGCAGCUGGGGAAGAAUCCCAAGUGUUCCUGGUUUUUGUUUUGAAUGGAAUGUGGGUGUCCCCCCCUUUUCCCUGCAUGUUGGGGAGGGGGGCUCUGGGACCCCCCAGGCUGGUUGUGAGUGUUCUCUCUGCUGGUUGAGGGCAAGGAUGGGGGGACACCCCUGCUUUCCAAGAGCUGAUUCCAGAGCUGUCAAUUCCUGACUGAAAUCCGAGCUUUGAAACCUUUGUGUCACCAGCCCAGAGAGAUUCCUCUUGUAAGUGGAGCAGGAAACUUUAUUUUUUUCCCCCUCUCCUUUUCCCUCUGGAAAAUUAAGACUUGAAGGUUUUGUUUUA